CUGAGCGCCAUGAACCAGAUAGAGCCAGGUGUGCAGUACAACUACGUCUAUGAAGAUGACGAAUACAUGAUCCAAGAGGAAGAAUGGGACCGGGAUCUGCUACUGGACCCCGCCUGGGAGAAACAGCAGAGAAAGACAUUUACUGCCUGGUGUAAUUCUCAUCUAAGAAAAGCUGGUACCCAGAUUGAGAAUAUUGAGGAAGAUUUCAGGAAUGGCCUUAAACUCAUGCUUCUUUUGGAAGUCAUUUCAGGUGAAAGGUUAUCCAAACCUGACCGAGGAAAAAUGCGCUUCCACAAAAUUGCCAAUGUCAAUAAGGCCCUGGAUUACAUAGCCAGUAAGGGUGUGAAACUGGUAUCCAUUGGUGCUGAAGAAAUUGUUGACGGCAAUGUGAAAAUGACCCUGGGUAUGAUCUGGACCAUCAUUCUUCGCUUUGCUAUCCAGGAUAUUUCAGUGGAAGAAACCUCUGCUAAAGAAGGUCUGCUUCUCUGGUGCCAGAGGAAAACUGCCCCUUACAGGAAUGUAAAUAUUCAGAAUUUCCAUACUAGCUGGAAAGAUGGCCUUGGACUCUGUGCGCUCAUCCACAGACAUCGACCUGACCUCAUUGACUACUCAAAGCUUAAUAAGGAUGAUCCCGUAGGAAAUAUUAACCUGGCCAUGGAAAUAGCCGAAAAGCAUUUGGAUAUCCCCAAGAUGUUGGAUGCAGAAGACAUUGUGAAUACUCCCAAACCUGAUGAAAGAGCUAUCAUGACUUAUGUUUCCUGCUUCUACCAUGCUUUUGCUGGAGCAGAGCAGGCCGAGACAGCAGCUAACAGGAUAUGUAAGGUUCUUGCUGUGAAUCAAGAGAAUGAGAAACUGAUGGAAGAAUAUGAGAGGCUAGCAAGUGAGCUUUUGGAAUGGAUUCGUCGCACAAUCCCCUGGCUAGAGAAUCGGACCCCAGAGAAGACGAUGCAAGCUAUGCAAAAGAAGCUGGAGGACUUCCGAGAUUAUCGUCGGAAGCACAAGCCCCCCAAAGUCCAAGAGAAGUGUCAGCUAGAGAUUAACUUCAACACCUUGCAGACUAAGCUGAGGAUCAGUAACAGACCAGCUUUCAUGCCAUCAGAAGGCAAAAUGGUUUCAGAUAUUGCUGGUGCUUGGCAAAGGCUAGAACAGGCUGAGAAGGGUUAUGAGGAAUGGUUGCUAAAUGAGAUAAGGAGACUGGAACGCCUGGAACAUCUGGCUGAGAAAUUUAGGCAGAAAGCUUCAACUCAUGAAAGUUGGGCAUAUGGCAAGGAACAGAUCUUGCUACAGAAGGAUUAUGAAUCUGCUUCUCUGACUGAAGUCCGCGCUUUGUUGAGGAAACAUGAGGCUUUUGAGAGUGAUUUGGCAGCUCACCAGGACCGGGUGGAACAGAUUGCUGCCAUUGCCCAGGAGCUGAAUGAACUGGAUUAUCAUGAUGCUGCGAGUGUCAAUGACCGAUGCCAGAAGAUCUGUGAUCAGUGGGACAGACUGGGAACACUUACUCAAAAAAGGAGAGAAGCCCUGGAGAGGACCGAGAAAUUGCUAGAAACCAUUGAUCAGCUUCACUUGGAAUUUGCCAAGAGAGCUGCUCCCUUCAACAACUGGAUGGAAGGUGCUAUGGAAGACCUGCAAGACAUGUUUAUUGUUCACAGUAUUGAGGAAAUUCAGAGUUUAAUCACUGCCCAUGAGCAAUUCAAAGCAACACUCCCUGAAGCUGAUGGUGAAAGACAGGCCAUCAUGUCCAUUCAGAACGAAGUGGAAAAGGUGAUUCAGAGCUACAACAUCAGAAUCAGCUCAAGCAAUCCGUAUAGCACUGUCACCAUGGAUGAACUUCGUGCCAAAUGGGACAAGGUGAAACAGCUUGUGCCAGUACGGGAUCAAUCCCUGCAAGAGGAACUGGCUCGCCAGCAUGCUAAUGAGCGACUCCGGCGCCAGUUUGCUGCCCAAGCUAAUGCUGUUGGACCAUGGAUCCAGAACAAGAUGGAGGAAAUUGCUCGCAGCUCUAUCCAGAUCACUGGAGCUUUAGAAGAUCAGAUGAACCAGCUGAAGCAGUAUGAACAUAACAUCAUUAACUACAAAAAUAAUAUUGACAAACUGGAGGGAGACCAUCAGCUUAUCCAGGAAGCCCUGGUAUUUGACAACAAACACACUAAUUACACCAUGGAGCAUAUUCGUGUUGGAUGGGAACUGCUGUUGACAACUAUUGCCAGGACUAUUAAUGAGGUGGAGACCCAGAUCCUUACCAGAGAUGCUAAGGGUAUUACCCAGGAACAAAUGAAUGAAUUCAGAGCAUCUUUCAACCACUUUGACAGGAGGAAGAAUGGCCUGAUGGAUCAUGAAGAUUUCAGAGCCUGCCUGAUUUCCAUGGGUUAUGAUCUGGGAGAAGCUGAAUUUGCCCGAAUUAUGACAUUAGUAGAUCCCAACGGUCAAGGAACUGUCACCUUCCAGUCCUUCAUUGACUUCAUGACAAGAGAAACUGCUGACACAGAUACAGCUGAGCAGGUCAUCGCUUCCUUCAGAAUCCUAGCUUCAGAUAAGCCAUACAUCCUUGCAGAUGAGCUACGUCGGGAGCUGCCUCCAGAUCAGGCUCAGUACUGCAUCAAGAGAAUGCCACCUUAUUCUGGGCCAGGCAGUGUACCUGGAGCUUUGGAUUAUACCGCAUUUUCAUCAGCACUGUAUGGGGAGAGCGACCUGUGAUUCUGUAAUCAUGGAACAUCAGAAUGCAAUAAAAGUUGGAGUAACAGUUUGCUUCGUGGAAACCUUCACAGGCUGUUUUAAGUUAAAGAAAAUAUUUUUAAGCAUUCUUAAAGCUCAAUAGUUACCACCCAGUGUAACAUUCUAGAAAGUAUAGUGUCUAUGUCAGAGUGUACUGCACUAAGUAGGUGUCUUUAUUGUGGGUUUCUUAGUUUUUAGCUAGUAUAGUAUAAUUUUAGAGACAUUUCAGUCAAGAAUGAGAAAUCAUUGUUUUCUUGCUUAUCCAAAGAUUAAUUGUAGCUAGAUAUUUUCAUGAUUUUGUGGCUUUUGCAGUUCAGUUUUAUCAUGUGUGAAAUGGAAAUUUCAGGGAAUAGAAACAAAUAAGCCAAAAAACCAGAAAGUCCUUUAGCUUUUUAGAAGGGUUAAGGAAGUGAAGAAGGAAGAGACAGGAAGAGAUUUCAACCCACUGUCAAUGAUGUAGGGACUGAUCAUCCAUCCUAGGGAUCGUUGUAAGUCCUUGCUUGACUUGAAACAAGAUGUGGGCAAACAUUUAAAUGAAGUCAUCUGUUAGGUAGAAAGGUGAAGUAGCUAGUUUAUAACAAAGCUUUUAAAAUUAUCUCUAGUGAAUUAUGCUUUUCCCCUGGAUCCUCUUAGCACAGAUAAUCAAGAUAGGAGACUACAUAUAGAGUCUGAAUUUUUAAAUUGACAGUCUUUUAUAUAUUAAUUCUUAAUAAGACCCUAGUCAGAAAAAGACAAGCUUGGUAUUCUACAAGGAUUUGCUUUCCUUUAUGUCUUUAGUUUUCUAAUCCUUUAGAAGUAGACAGGCAACUUCACAUGAAUAAAAGUGAAUAAGAAAAGAUGAAUUCCCUCAGAUGGUUAUAGCAAGUUUCAUUAUUCUGGAAGAACUUACCUUUAUAUCUAUAGGAUUAACUCUUCCCCUGUAGCAUAUCUAAAUUACAUGGUUACAUUCACAGUCACAUCCAUCUAACAUAAUGUCAAAAUCCAUCUAAAUAAGCACAGUGUAUGGUUUUAUGUAGAGCUAUACUCCAUAGACGCCAUAGUUGUCUUGGUUUCUAUUUGAAUGUUUAUUAAGCUAUUACUCCUUAAGCUACCGUAUGCUGUGACUACCCCAUUUUUCCAUCUUGUUGACAGCUUGUAGAGAAAUAAAGCAAUAACUUUUUUUUUUUUUUUACAUCUGAGUCCUUAAUCAAGAACAGAAAUGAAAAGAAAAAAAAAGCCACAAAAAGAAAAUUAAAGUGAACACUACCUCGUUGCUAUUAGGAGUACAGUAUACUCCUAUAAUGGACAGUCUAGGUAUUUUUUUAAGAGCCCCACCACCAACUAAUUAAAAAUGAAUUCAUUGUUAUGCUUUUCCCCCAAUCCUCUUAGCACAAAUAAUCAAGAUAGGAGACAAAGUGUGUAUUUUUAAAUUGACAGUUUUCUAUAUAUUAAUGCAAACUUAGUGUUCUGCAAGGAUUUGCUUUCCUUUAUGCCCUUAGUUUUAUAACCCCUUAGGAGGAGACAAACAAUUUCACAUGGAUGUGCCAUGGCUUUUCUAUCCAUAACUUCUUGAAUCUUAAACACAUACUACAUUGGUCAUCUUUUUUUUAAAGGAAAAAAACACACCUAAUUUUAUAGGACAUUUGAUUUCCUAUUUUUUCCUAUAUGGGAGUUUUGUAAUUUUAUUUUAAAUGGCUUCAUUAAGUGUUUGGGAAUUAAAAGAGAGAAAUCUUUUCAUA